AGGACGGAAAGAAAGAAAGAAAGAAAGAAAGAAAGAAAGAAAGAAAGAAAGAAACAUGAGUGCAAGACCCCGUCUUGUACUAACCUGCAGCCGGGUGCGCCAAUAAGUAGCCCUCUAGCAAAAUAUUAAAGUGGGCAGCUGUGCCACAUCUCCUCAGGUUGGACAGUUCCUAUCAAUUUUUUAAAUUCUCCUCAAAGUGAUCCUGAGAAUUAAAAGGCCAUCUGGUCAUCUGCAGCAGGAGAUCCGGAAAUAAAAAAAAUGUCCAGGAAAAAAACCGUAAAGAGCAAAAGUAGCAACAGCCCGACCACCAGCCUGCAGAAUAAAGACGGCGGCAAGGCGGCCAAGGGAGGCGGGAGCUUCGAGGUCCCUCCGAACGGCGUGGUGCAUCCGAGUCGACCCUCACUGAGCAACAGCAGCGAAUUCUACGACGUCGCCUUUAAGGUGAUGCUGGUGGGCGAUUCUGGUGUUGGAAAGACGUGCCUGCUGGUGCGCUUCAAGGAUGGCGCCUUCCUGGCAGGGAGCUUCAUCUCCACCGUAGGCAUUGACUUCCGGAACAAGGUGCUCAACGUGGACGGCGUGAAGGUCAAGCUGCAGAUGUGGGACACGGCCGGGCAGGAGCGAUUCCGCAGUGUCACCCACGCCUACUACCGGGACGCUCACGCUCUGCUGCUGCUCUACGACGUCACCAAUAAAAGUUCAUUUGACAACAUUCAGGCGUGGCUGACAGAAAUCCACGAAUACGCGCAGCAGGACGUGGUCCUCAUGUUGCUGGGCAAUAAGGCAGACGCCACUCACGAGCGGGUGGUCAAACGAGAAGAUGGAGAGAAGCUGGCCAAGGAGUUUGGGGUCCCCUUCAUGGAGACGAGCGCCAAGAGUGGUCUGAAUGUGGAGCUGGCAUUCAUGGCGAUCGCAAAGGAGCUCAAGCACCGGUCGAUGAAGACGCCCAACGAGCCGAAGUUCCGGCUCCACGAGUACGUCAACAAGGAGAUGAAGAGCUCUGGGUGCUGCAAGUCCUAACGGCCCCCACGGGCCACAGACUGAGAUGGCGCUGGGCACAAUGUCCCCAGUCUCUCUAAGUGUUCAGGAUAUUCUCCUUGUGGAAAGUCUGUGCAUGUCUGUAGCUCAUGUCCUUCCAUCGACAUCUGGGGGGCCGUCACUCUGUGCCAAUGUGUGCCCUAGUGGUGGGCACGGAGCAAAAUGGGAGGUGUGUCCUCUGCGUGUGUUUUGGGGGUCACAUUGUCACACAUUGUCCCAC